UGGAGAAGCCGGCGACUGUGAUGGAACAUGUGGUUCAGCACGGCACCCUCAUGGAAGAACUUCACUGCACGUACGGGUCAUAGCGCUUUGAAAUACAACACAUCGCUCAGUAUAUCCACCUCGAACACAGCGCUCAGGUACUCACUUGACAGCUGCUCCAUGGGUAGCGAGCGUCCCCAAGGACGCGUCGACAGCAGAGGACAUCGUCGAUGCCGUUCUACCCAGGCCAGGAUGGCGAAACAGGAGGACCUUCGGUGGGCCGCGCGCACGGCCCCAUCCCCAUACUUAUUGUCCACCGCCCACAUUCCGCUUAUCUGCCAGCCGCUUCCGAGAUGAAAGAUGGGGCGCCGGGGAGCGCUCGCAGAAUCCGGGCUAGGAAAGGUACGCAUGGUACGCGCAACUCCGCGAUCCUGUGGGGGCUCAGUCCCCGUGCUUCCGGAACCACUUUGCGGAGGACGCGUCUACUGCGGUGUUGCCGUCCCCCCAGCCCGAGGAUCGAGUGCCUCGAAAGAGGCGGGCUGUGUCCCCGUCUGAGUACACCGUGGGUGAGGCCUACGUACGAAGAGCAGAAGAGGCGGUACGGCGAUGGCCUCGAGGUAGGUACACAGCCCUCGACUGAGAGCCUAUACACACGAGGGAUUACCACUUUUGGGAAGGUGAAGGUGUGCGGGCGGAUCAGCAGAACAGCCCGGAGGCAAUCUUGGGGCGACGGAGCCAAAGAAGACGAGAGACCGGACGCCAUAUGGAUCGUGUUUCUUGCCCUGUGGUGUCGCCGUUUCGGGAUGUUACUUUGUGAGCGGUCCGGGGCCGAGAACCUCGGGCAGCUAGACAAAAGCGCGAAAAUGGGCUGUGAGUCUCGGCCAGGGGAUGACAAUGUCAUAUGCAGUCUGAGUACUGGAGUGUCCUCUUCCUUCUGACAGCGAGCGGCCAGAUGGACGGGUCGCAGCAAUCACGAUUGAACUGCGAGCCAACCGCUGUUUCCUCGGACGUGACUGUACACCUCCAAUAGGCAGAUAGACCCGGUGAACCUUACGGCUGCACAAGGUCGAAUAAUCGAGACGACGGGGCAUACGGUCCCUGUGAUAAGUAUUUAUAGGCAGGUAGACGGGACUCGGAGAGUGGUCCGAAAGAUAGCUUCCGGCAGUCCAGGGCGUCGAGAUGGAGACUAGCAAUGUGGAGAUCUCUGGGAAUCAAAACAUAA